AUGGCUAGGCUUCUUACCUCAGAAGAUUCGACCAAAAUGGCUGUGACAAUGCGUCGCAAUUGGUUCGAUGACGACUUCGCGUUGCGACAUCGCGACUCAUGGUGGGCUAGAGAGGAUUGGUUCGACGAUUGGAAGGAUUGGCCUGCCGACUGGCCUCGCCCGAGAGACCUCAUGAACAGGUUCUGGCGCGAUACUGACCACUGGUGGCGCGAUUGGCCAUCGGAUUGGCCGCGAAUGGACGCAGUCAUGCCAAGGUUCACAUCGCACUUGGAUCGUUUGGAUCGUAACUGGAGAAACGAUCCAUUCUGGCAGGACAUCUAUCCGCGAUGGGCAGAGCCAAUUUUCAAGGAGGGUAUCGAUGUGCAUUCGAAUAUCAUCAAUGAUGAGCGGAGGUUCGCCGUCGAAGUGGACUGCUAUCAAUUUAAACCAGAAGAAAUACAAGUGAAAACCCAGGACGAUACGCUCAUGAUCGAAGGACGACACGAAGAUGUCCGCGAUCGUGACAAUUUCACUAAAAUGUACUUUGUACGAAAGUACCAAAUGCCACAUGAUGUUGAUCAUGCUCGUAUUUCGAGUAACAUUGACUCGAGGGGCCGUUUGACAGUCGAAGCACCACGUCGCUAUGCCGUCACCACCGGACGAGAUCGAGUGAUUCCAAUUGAAGGUGCCAGAUCUUCAUCGUCGCAACGUCUACAUGAAACAUCCUACACAAAUGGAUCACCACGCACAACAGAAGUUCCCCUACGAGUCGAAACUAGCGAUAGCCGAGCUCGUGAGGUGUAUAUAGCUCGUGAAUCGGAAAGGUCAGAAAGCCGCGAACGCGUUGAACGUGAACAGCGCGAACGCGAAUACGAACGUGAACGAGAACGUGAGCGCGAACGCGAACGCGAGCGCGAGCGCGAGCGCGAACGUGAGCGUGAACGCGAACGCGAGCAACGUGAACGCGAAGAACGCGAACGUGAAGAACGUGAACGCCGCGAACGUGAAGAACGUGAACGUCGCGAACGUGAAGAACGUGAACGCCGCGAACGGGAACGAGAGCGGGAACGGGAGCUUGAACGAGAACGCGAACGCGAACGUGAACGCGAACGCGAACGCAGUCGUGAACAGGACAGAGAGCGCGAGAUCUACGUAAGAAGGGAUGACAGCCGUGAUCGCCUUCGUGAUGAAGUCCGUGCCAGUCCUCUUGCCAGCGGCGAUUACACCUCCACCUCGAAGUAUAGGUAUGAAUCCCACACAAGAGAAGUGUCACCCCAAGUUGUAAGCUCCCAGAGCGAUAGCCGCUCGUACACGCAUCCAAGACGAGCGAGUUUCGAGACUCGAGGAGCGCAAGACUCCACUUUUGCUGAAGAGUCGCACAGAAGGGAGGCAAGCCGAGAGUAUUCUUCGGAGAGAUACCGCUCGGACAGCAGAAAUGGAUACCGCGUUGAAUCUCCGGCUUCCACCUCGACUGGCAUCCUAAGAAAUGCCGAUCCCGUCCGUCCAGAAUCUCGCUCGGAAAGCCUGCGCAGCGUGCAGAUUCUCCGAAAAACCUUCGGAUAAAGUCCAACAGUCAACGCCCCAAUACAAAUUUUCUGAGAAGAAGAACAUGCUGACGACAUAACGUUCUCCACUUCUCAUUUUUUCUUGCAUGAUUUUUUUCUCUUUUAACUGCGUUUAUGUUUGUGUUGUAAAAUCGCUUUGAUUACCUAGUCCGUCCGUCACACCAACUAAAGAGUUUUGCAUAUUUUGUAAAAUUUUCGAGCACAGUAAAUGUUCAUGGCCUACGUUCUGUUCCUGUACCUUCGUU